UCCAAGUACAAAAAUACGCAAAACGUUUUCUCCAUCCGGACAAAAUUGUGCAAAGCUCAACAGGUUGCCUUAUUUACGCAAUAAUAUCGCACAAACUCGCAUUGAAAUCAAUUCUGGUUCAAAUCCCAUUCGAGGAUAUAGCCAAAGUAAUGCAGAACAGCUCUGAGGAAGAAACAGCUGCCAGGGCAGGGUCGGAAAAGUUACACCGGCCGCAAUUCUUAUAACCCGGAACAAAGGCAGGACGAAGGGAAACCGCCAUCAGUAUUCCAGCGCACCCUAGAUGUAGGCCGGGUGGCUCAAUUUCAACUGAGAUUUGCCGAACAACAAGCCGGAUCAAUGGCAGCAAAGGAAUCUUUUCGCGAGCGACAAACCCAGGAGUUGGAGGUUAUAAAGUCUAUUUUUGGAGGCGACGUGGAGGACCUCAGGCCACAGCCGAAUUCAGCCCUAUGGAAGCCCACAGAUAUCAGGAUUUUGCUCACCCCUCUGCGGGACUCCUCCAACGGUCUGGAAGCUUACGUGUGCACCAAGCUGCAUAUUACCUGUCCGAACAAAUACCCAAAACUACCCCCAAAAAUCGUGCUCGAGGAAUCAAAAGGCUUGUCAGAUCAGCAGUUGGAGGCUUUGCUUAGCCAACUCCAAACCCAAUCCGAGGAGCUGCGUGGCGAGGUGAUGAUCUACGAACUAGCCCAGACGGUGCAGGCAUUUCUGCUGGAGCACAAUAAGCCGCCCAAGGGCUCUUUUUACGAUCAGAUGCUGCAGGACAAGCAGAAGCGCGAGAAGGAGCUGCUGGACAUCCAGAGGCAGCGGGAAUCGCUGCAACGUCAAACUCUCAUCGAUGAGGUGGAGAGACGCAAGGAGAUGUUCAAGACUGAGGCUAAGCGACGCGGCGAGCCACGACGGAGCAUGAGUGAGUCCAAUCCGCGGCAUCCCAGCUCCUCGGAAAGCUCCGAAAACUCCUCACCCUACUACCGAGGCCACAUCUACCCGAGCAAGUGCUUGGAUCACCGCAACACAGAGACCUUGUACUUUCAUAAGAUGGGAAGACAAAUCCAGCGAGGAUGUUGUUUAGGACACUCCCAAAAAGGAUGCAUUGCCUACACCGGCAUCGACAUGCACAGUGGACAGAUCCUAUACAUAACCGAGUGGAACAUUAAGUACUGCCACCUGGAGCAGCCAUGUAGCGGUGGUGGAAAGUGCCACUGGAGCAGUGAGCUAAAAUGCGCUGGCAACCAUCGGGUGGAUGAGGUCAUAGCCUCCAUCGAGAAGCAAGUGGCCACCCUGUCUCAGCUGCAGCACAAGAACCUCAUACAAUACGAGUGCAUUUUGUGCAUCAAACGCAAGGAGGGAUUGCUUCUAUACCUCGUCCAGGAUUUUUUACUCGGGACCAGUGUCUUUAGUAUUUCCUCCUCGCUGGGAUGGUGUAUGGACGGCGCUCGCAUGGUGGCCAGAGGGGUGUUGGAUGCCCUGGUCUAUCUCCACAACAAAGGUGUGUCCCACAGCCAUCUGUUGGACAGCACAGUUUUCAUGGAUAACACCGGGAACGUGCGCUGCACCGACUUCUCCCUCGUUCCCAACCUACUGGAACUUUUAAGCGGAGCUGGACAGAGCAGUACUCGCGGGGAUUUGCCCGCUUUGGGUGCCCUCGUGGAGAGUCUCAUGCCCACCAACAGCUACGAAAUGCGUGACUUUGUGGACAAAUGCAACUCGGACCGCACACUUUCUGCUUCGGAGUUGCUGGAGCAUCCGUUUCUUCGAUUUUAUGUGGACAACGGGCAACAGCAAUUAAUGCCACUCCCGCAGGAGCGACAUGCUAAUACUGUCCAGCGUACGGGACCAGCCAUGCCCUACCAGAUUCCCACCCUGGCCUUGAGUCAGUCUCGCCUGCGAACCGAGUUUGAGGUCAUCAUGUAUCUUGGCAAGGGUGCCUACGGGGAUGUGUUGAAAGUUCGCAACAAUCUCGACAACCGGGAGUAUGCGAUCAAACGAAUACCUCUGCCUGCACGAAGUCGCCAGCUAUACAAGAAGAUGACGAGGGAAGUAGAGCUCCUCUCGAGGCUGAAUCACGAAAACGUAGUGAGAUACUUUAAUAGUUGGAUCGAGAGUGUAAACGACGCCGAUGCUGCCGAGAUGGACAAACUUAUGGGCGGAGAAUGGUCGCAGAGUCAGCAGGAGCUUAGUGUGAAGCCGACCAAGUCGCCGCAGCUUGGACCGACUUUGGAGGAAGAGGAGGACGAAGAAGAUAGCUCUUCCAGUAUGUGGAAUGCCUACAUACCCACUAUGGAUGACACCGAUUCGGAUGGCAUCGAAUUCGUGGACUCAAAUGGAAAGGUUGCGGUCUACGAUGAGGAGGAAGAUGACAGCUCCACCCACGGGAAGUCAAACUCGCCGCGGCCCCAGAUGCAGGUCAUGUACAUCCAAAUGGAGUUUUGCGAAAAGUGUACACUGAGAACCGCCAUCGAUGAUAAUCUCUACGAAGACACUGAUCGGCUAUGGCGUCUGUUUAGGGAAAUCGCCGAGGGCCUUUCGCACAUUCAUCAACAGGGCAUUAUCCAUCGGGAUCUGAAGCCAGUAAAUAUCUUCUUGGACUCUCACGAUCAGAUCAAGAUCGGAGACUUUGGGCUAGCCACCACCAGUUUCCUCGCCCUGCAGGCGCACGAGCUGCCUGCACAUGUGCCCACCCACAAUAUCACCAGUGCCGAGGAUGGAACGGGAACGGGAAAAGUGGGCACAACUCUGUACGUGGCUCCCGAGUUGACAGGGAAUGCUUCCAAGUCGGUGUAUAACCAGAAGGUGGACAUGUACACAUUGGGCAUUAUCCUCUUUGAAAUGGUCCAGCCACCGUUUGACACCAGCAUGGAGAGAGCUUCGACCAUUAUGGCUCUGCGGAAUGUUUCCAUAAACAUUCCAGAUGCAAUGUUAAAGGAUCCAAAGUACGAAAAGACGAUUAAGAUGCUUCGCUGGUUGCUCAGCCACGAUCCCGCCCAAAGGCCCACUGCCGAGGAACUUCUCAUCUCGGAUCUGGUUCCGCCUGCCCAGCUGGAAGCCAACGAGCUGCAGGAAAUGCUGAGGCACGCCCUGGCCAAUCCGCAGAGCAAGGCUUACAAGAACCUGGUGGCCCGCUGCCUGCAACAGGAGAGCGACGAAGUUCUGGAGCACACCUACCACUUGGGAAGUAGUCGCGCCAUGAAAUCAUGGAACUCUGCCAUCGUCAUUGACGACAUUGUGUCCCUCAACCCGGUAAUCGAAUUCGUCAAGGGCAAGGUGGUGAAUCUCUUUCGGAAACACGGAGCCAUUGAGGUAGACUCGCCGCUUCUGUCGCCCCUAUCCUCGAGGAACAGCAGUGCCCACGCCAACGCCAAUGCUGUGCACUUGAUGACCCAUUCCGGAUGUGUGGUAGUACUGCCCUGCGAUCUGCGCACCCAGUUUGCUCGCCAUGUAACCAUGAACGGUGUGAAUCUCAUCCGGCGCUACUGCGUGGACCGGGUCUAUCGCGAGGAGAAGGUUUUCAACUUCCAUCCGAAGCAGAACUACGAAUGCUCCUUCGAUAUCAUCUCCCCCACCCCUGGCAGCCAUCUGGUGGACGCGGAACUGCUAUCGCUUGCCUUCGAGAUCACCAGCGAACUGCCUCGGCUUAGGGAACGGAAUCUCACCAUCCGAAUGAAUCACACGAAUUUACUGCGAGCUAUCCUUAUCUACUGCAAUGUUCCUAAAUCUCAAUACGGAGCGCUCUUUGAAGGCAUUAUGGACUUUAUCGAGUCCCGCAUCUCCCGUUUUCAGUUCCACUCCAGCAUCACGGGGAUUAUGGAGAAGUCUCGCACCUCGGCCCAAACACUGAUGGACAUGUUGCUGGCCAAUUUCUUGCUGACGGGGUCCAGGAGCAGCGUGGAUGACUCGGCUCUGAAGACUCUCAUGCGUGGAAAGGGAGAGGCUGCAUCGCUAGCUAGAGGAGCCCUGAGGGAACUGGAAACAGUCGUAGGAUUGGCGUAUAGCCUUGGUGUUACGUGUCCCAUCCACAUCUGGGCAGGUCUGCCCAUCAGCUUCGAACGAGCAAGUACCGGUGGCAUUGUCUGGCAAAUGACUGCGGACCUGAAACCUAACCGCUCCGGCCACCCUUCCAUCUUAGCGGUGGGCGAGAGGUACGAUGCUAUGCUACAUGAGUUCCAACGCCAAGCACAGAGCUUUAACCCAGCCUUGCCCACGCGUAGCGUGUUGAGUGGAGCGGGUUUGUCCUUCUCCUUGGACAAGUUGGUGGCUGCUGUUGGUGUGGAGUACGCCAAAGAUUGCCGUGCCAUCGACGUUGGUAUAUGCGUGUGUGGAACCCGCCCGCCUCUAAAAGACGUGACCUACAUUAUGCGCUUGUUGUGGUCAGUGGGAAUCCGGUGUGGCAUUGUGGAGGCUGCCAGCGAACUGGGAGAUGAGGCACAAGAUUUAGCUCGAUUGGGAGCCCUGCACGUCAUCCUCGUUGCGGAGAAUGGCUCCCUUAGAGUGCGUUCAUUCGAGAGGGAACGGUUUCAGGAACGUCAUUUGAACCGUGCCGAGCUGGUGGAGUUCGUCCAAAAACUGCUGCGGGGCGAUGGCAUCAAUGCAGCCACUGUGGACUAUUCCAGGGAGAUAUCCAACCAGAGUGCCGGUGGAGGCAGCAGUGGCGGCAGGGAACGGGAGCGCGGAGAGAAUGGGCUCAGCACUUCCGGCUCGAAUGCAACGAUUAAAAACAGCUACAGCCAGCUCCCAAACCUUCAGGUGUCGUUCCUCACCCACGACAAGCCCACGGCCAACUACAAAAGGAGAUUAGAGAACCAGGUGGCUCAGCACAUGACCUCCACGCUGGCCCAGUUCAUCAAAAAGGAGACAUUCGUGGUGCUGGUGGUGGAGCUCCCCCCAGCAGUAGUCAAUGCCAUUGUAGGAGCCAUUAAUCCCCGAGAGAUUCGCAAAAAAGAGACUGAGCCGGAAAUCAAUGUUGUGAUCGAAAGAUUUCCCAAAUACAAACGUUAUAUAUCCGAGAUCAAUGACGAAGUGUUGGACUAUCUGGGCGAUGCCAAGACACCAAUCGUGGCCUUGUACAGCAUUUCCGAUUCCUACUACCGCGUCAUCAUCUAACCCACACGAUAACCCUGGAGCUUGACUGGAGGAUUGCAGGACUACCUAGUAGUUCGGACCACUUAUUAGUUAGUAGCUUAAGUAUCGAAUUGUCACAAAUUCAAUUUGGCCAAAAUUUAACUUAAGAUGGCUGUGUUACGAUGCCAUUUACCCACUUAUCGAAUCAAAAUUCGUUUCUACCAGCCCUGGUCGCCAGUUUAGGAGCCACUUUAAUUAAAACCGGGCUGGUAUUUAUACUAACUAUUAUUUUACCUUGAUUAAACAUGCCUAAGUCAAAAGUAAAGUUUAAAACUUAAGAAAUGAUUCCUAUGCUUACCGAAUUCGAUUUUAGAAAUAAAUUUUAAUCAUUAAAUAGCAACUUUGGUGGCAUCCACCCAGGGAGAUCAAGAGGCUCCUCUUGAAAAGAGAUCAGCAUCCCACUAGCAGAAGGCGAUCCAAGAUCUGAGUCUUCAUCUAUAUAUUUUAUAAACGUUAAUAUUUUUGACACAAAAAUUGUAUUCCUUAAAAUAAAGUUGCGUGUGUGAACAACUCUUCCCACUGGGAUGCCUAACAAA